AUUUUGCCGGCCACAUACGAGAGCGGGAAGUGUAGCUAUGAGGAGGCCCGCGGAAAUAAUCAAGAGUUUUCGUACAACUGUUGAGAUUCAACUGUGCAUAUCGCUCUAUAUUAAUUCCAUGUGCCACAGCUGACUUGAAUGGUGGACUAACUAGCAGAUCAUUCACUACCUGCGCUGCUAGAGUGAGAUGAGGCGCGGCAGCCACAUCAAUCCAGGAAGAUGCCAAUACACCAGGGGGUGAAAGUAAAUCCAAGACGCAGUGUGCCGGCAGUCGUGAUCCUCUAGUGUCAAUAGCCUUUCGACGUGAGGACGAGCCAUGGAGGAGAGACGGCGAUCCCUAGACGCCGUCCGGCGGCGGUCUAUGGACGAUGGAGGAUCGUUAUGAAACAUGUGAAAGUCACAAUUUUCUUCGUAAGAAAGCGGUACUGCUCCUGUCAUGCGCGAAUACAUCCUAAGUACACAUGUAACUAGUUAUGCAGCUGACACAAUUCGGCGUCGGCAUGAGCAUGGCGUGCAAUUGCAUGAAACUGACCGCUGAUGGUAAUUGAAGAAAGGUUGCUUAUUCACUUCCAUACUUGAAGGCGUUUUCCGAACGCAGAGGGAGCACCGGACGUACGAUUCUUUUUCCGUUCUAGCUUGAUUUUGUGCAAUCUAUCAUAUAUCAAAUCGUAUUUUGCGAUGUAGUGCUAAUGUUUUUUUUGCAUGGCAAAUGUCGAAUAAAUCGAAAGGUCGUGCUUCGAAAAUGGCGGAUUCGCAGCUGUUGAAUGCAAAUUUCAAUACCGAGUUGGUCCGCUAUCCUGGUGAAAUUGUGUUUGUCUUGUAUGGAACAAGGGAUCUAGUAGAGAUGACCUUGUCGUAAGUAAGUACUCCAGCGUUUCUUGUGCAACAAUCGCCAAGUUGACUUGCUUGGCUUUGCAUACGUUGCGCUACGUUCUAAGUUUGUAGAACGUAGCGAGAAAAGUAGAAUCACACCCUGAGGACCCGGUGUCGCUGGCACAGGAAUCAUUUCGCCGGGAUAAGUGAACUUUCCGGCGACGAAGCAGUAUUACUGCCUCGAUGGAGUUAGGGAGCCGGCGUAAUUCGAAAGCGCGGGGAUCCGUCAGCAUGGACCCAGCCAGGCGGCGGAGCUGGUACAUUUUUUUCGGAACUGGGUUUACUUAUCGGAUGACACUUCAUAUUUCGAUAGGUCGUUGAUUAUCGAUGUCAAUUUCAAUUUUCUUGCCUUUGUUUCCCUUGGUAGGCGAAUGUAACUGUCAACAUUUGAACACCGCAGGUCAAGCUCAAUCAACAAAGCAGAGCGACAGUAUCUGGGCAAACACGCCUAGUGGUCUUGAGAACGAAAGUGUGUCUGUACUUGGGAAGGGUUGUGUUGUGCGUCAAACCAUGUUCCCUCCGUCCGAUGUAGCAACCGACCAAGACGCGAACUGUUAUUGUGUAUGGCGGAAUCGCGAUGCGCACGGACAGUGCGUAGUGCGAUUUCUGUGCAGGAGGUCCUCGCAUACGCAUAAUUUGUGCAUGACGAAGACGGAUUUUCUCUCGAAAAAUAAGUUUCGCAAGACUUCCCAACCAUAACAAGCGCAGUAAGAUCCGGCGGUCGCCGAUGUACCUGGAGUUUCGCAGAUGGGUCGCCUCCAUCCCGGAUCCGCUUCUCGGGAGAAGCCACCGGUGCCCUUUCACCGGCCGGGUGCACUUGGAGCUGACGAGGUCGACCGUCGAAGUUUCGAAGGAGCUGUUGCUACUCCAGAAGCUGGAACAGAAGCAGCAGUCCGCGGAGGUUACGGAUUGUAAAAAUGUCUGGGCCUGAAAGAUUGCAACUUGUCAUGCUGUUUUUGGACUCUACAUCAAUUUGUAUUGCAUGACCAGCAAGAGGGGUGCGGUUUUUGCUACACGGACAGGGCAUUUCUCAUGCGGAAGGUACAUCAGGAAGCCCUCUAAAAGUCUGCGAUGCUAGGUCAAGCAUUACAGGCAUGAUGGGUCAUGAGAAAUAUGCAUGACAAAUCUUGCAUUCUUCCAGACCCAGACACUUUUGCAUUUGAUAGAGGUGCGGCACGCACAAAAGCAGCGGCUGUUGCAGCGAAAGCAAGAUUUGGAAAAAAUUCCGGACUUUCACCUCGUGGAUCUCUUUUCCGAGCGGGAAAUCAUCGGUGGCUUGCCGAACGAGUUGUGCCAGGAGCUCUACCUGAUGAAGCCAAAACCCUUGCUGAUGCGGACCUGGCUUUUCCACCAGAUUUGGGACGAGUGCAGCAACGAGAAGACCCGCCUGGAGUGUAUUCAGGAGGCCUUGCGAGUGCCGCUCCCGUUUCGAAAAGACAUUACUCCGUAUACUGAUUUUCUUGUCGCGUUUUUUCUUUGCCCUGACUUUGUACUUAGAGUUUCGUACUGAACAGAAGAAGCUGGUGCAGAACAUGUGGUAGACAUUUUCGACGUGCUUGAUGUCAGCCGACAAAAGUACGAAAAAGGACCUAUUUUUAGUGACUUUUCAAACCACAUGAAUUCAAACCAGGUGGCAGGAAUCGUAUCUGCCACAGAUGACGAACCUGAGUCCGGCGGUUUCCAUGCUCUUCAUGAUCAUUUUUAUGGCAUUCACGCAGCAGUUUUUCGCCUUGCUCAUUGUUAUGGGAUGGGCAUACAACAAACGGGCAACAGUGCUGCUCGUGCGAGACUUGGUGGUACCACCUCUUCAUCUUGCAUCGCAGGAAUUCUUGGUCAAAUGCAAAUGCAGACUUGUAGAAGCAGGGCAAUAUUAACUUCGGCGCAAUAAUAAAACAGAAAAGUAAAAAGGCCACUCUACGUUGGUAUAAUACGAGUUCCGCAAAGAAAAAAGGCACUCCCUGCCUCUACGUUUGUUUCCAUACCAGCCGACGUGGUGUUGGUUUUUUGCCUCAUCGUUUCGAUCGGGUGGAACGUGCCGCACUUUUUCAACUACGUCCGCCCACUCACCGCGCUUUUGAGGUAUUAUCUAUGAAUCUAUUUUCCUCUAGCUUGAUUGUUGCACCAGCACAACAGAGUGAGAGGUGCAAUAAACUGCCAUGCAUUACAACUACGAGCAGAGUGUGUCGCACUCCUGUUUAAUAGCAUGAGAACAACUACGAGCUAUGCUGGUAAACAGGCCUCUGACGUCAUCAUGAUGAUUCAGGUACCCGCUUUAUUUCUACCUGUUUGCGGGGACGGUGACGCCAGUCGACUACCUGAUGAAGGAGGACAUGGUGGGUUUUUUUGGCAGUCUUCUGGUGCUCCUCUGCGUGCUGUUCGAGAUCUUCGUCGACCUGUCCCUGAUUCUGACCUGGAACGACCGCCGGCCGUUGCAAGUGCUGAAGGAUUUGAACACAGACCGCGCCAGCGGCAGCACGCACGUCUAUGUUGUGAACGCGGUGCCGUUGAAACGUAUUUUCAUAAUCUUUGGUGCUGGUUUUACACCACCCGUUUAGAAAAUGAUUGAUCUGAUGUCCGGCGGCCUCGCCGCGCCGCAUUUUUUUUCUCUAGUGUUGCCGCUCUGAUAUUCAUAUUUGUAUUGCAAAUUCAAAUUCUGCAAUCUUCUCCAGGUGGCAGCAUGCAGCCGAAGUUUCCGAACAACGGGAGGAAGAGGAACAAGUACCACGAAGAGGUUGACGAGGACCUGACUGCCAUCAAACUGGAAGACUGGAACGCGGACCCCACCCACAUGAUCGUGGCGGAAGUGCACGGCUUGCUCUGCCAGCUGGUUCCCAUGCAGUUUGAGGACUACCGGCAGCUGACGAAGCGGCAGGCCGAGGGGGAGCUGCUGUUUCUGGAGUACAUCCAAACCAACACCAUGUCGUCGCAGCACCAAACGGCCCACGAAGUGGCCAAAUCCAUCGAGGCGCAGAAGGACCCCAACCUGCAGAGCCAGUACGAAGAAGCGCUGCGGGAGCGGCUGUACAAGGGCGUCACGUGGACGCUGCUGCCCGCCCCGGAGGGGCGUUGCGUGAAGCACGCACUGCCGGUCAAAAGAAGACCCUCGAAGGGGUACGCCGGCAGCAACGCCGGGGGACCGAUCAUUGACAUGCGAAGGUCCAGUCUGGGGGGCGGAUCAAAAAGUGUGCUGCGGUAAAAGAGUUGUGACGAAUAAUCAGUUCAAGAAACGAGCUAAAGUUGUAGAACAUCUGAGCUGCUUAAUGUUAAUCAACAGGUAAAACUCAAAAGACCAAGAAGCCAUUUGCUUAGCUUCAGAUCUUCAUUCAGAAACAAAAAAUCAAACUUUUACAAUCAAGAAUUUAAAUCUCAACGCGGGGAGAAGUAAACACACACGGUUUUGGAGGACAAGUAAACAUGUACAAAUUUAGUCAGUAAAGAGACCAACACUUUUGCAGCCUGCCAGCGCCACUGGAGCUACGAAAAACAAUCAUACAUACUACGAGUACGCCUUCUCGCAUAGGAACAAUAUAGUACACAGGGCUAGCUGUAGCUACUUUUCUUGGGCUCAAAUUGUAACGCGUGGGUAGCUCGGUGCAGAUACGGAAAUCAAUUGCACAGACGCAUCAACAGUGUCGGGAGUUUGGAACUUCGCGCGAACAGGGCGGAAUUUAUUUUCCUUUCCUUUUCGAAUGCGUAAUCGUCCUAGUAUCCCAGAGAGGAUUAUCAACAUUUUGCGGCGCCCCUUUUAGGUCCAAUGAGCUGAAACUAGAGGCAGUUGCCUUUGUGACGCUACACCAUCACUUCGGGCAUGGAAAGUUGGCGGUGACUGCCUUUUGCCGUG